CGACCAGUUCGGCUACAGAGACCCCGGACACAGAGCCCGUGCGCUCGAACGCUCGUCGAAAAAAGAAAAACUCGCGGCAGCACCCAUCUCUAUUCCCGAACUCGCCGUCGACGAGUGGCCUAUGGCGGACGGCGGCGAGAUGGACGAGGAGGCGAUGAUGCGCGCCUUCUUCCCGACCUCAUUCGGCAAGGCGCCCACCCGCCCCAGCGCCGCCUCCCACUCCUCCACCCUCCGCAAGCCCCAAAACCCUAGCUCCAACCCCUCCACCUCUGCCGCCGCCGAGGAGGACGAUGGCGGUGGCGCCAUUGUCGGACCCCCUAGACCGCCCAAGGAAUUGGCUCCUAUCCAGGAGGAUGACGAGGAGGGUGGCGGUCUGAUUGGGCCGCCUCGGCCGCCACAGCGGCCGUCUGCGCACGCGGAGGUGGAGGACGAGGACGGCAGCAUGGUUGGGCCGCCUCGGCCGCCACCGUCGAAGGAGGGGGAUGAGGAUGACGAGGACGAGGGCGACGACGACGACGAGGAUGAUGACGACGAUGAUAUGGAUGAUGAUGAUGGGGAGGAUUUCGGCAGGAUUCCUCUCAGCAACGAAAUUGUUCUGCGGGGGCACACCAAGGUUGCCUCAGCCCUUGCUGUUGACCCUACAGGAUCCCGAGUGCUCUCUGGCAGCUAUGAUUAUACCAUACGGAUGUAUGACUUCCAAGGCAUGAAUUCGAAGCUACAGUCAUUUAGGCAAUUAGAACCUUGUGAGGGGCAUCAAGUUCGUAGCCUAAGCUGGAGUCCAACAUCGGACCGAUUCUUAUGUGUCACGGGUUCAGCUCAGGCCAAGAUAUAUGACCGAGACGGGCUUUCGCUUGGUGAGUUUGUUAAGGGUGAUAUGUAUAUCCGUGAUCUGAAGAAUACAAAGGGUCAUAUUUCUGGACUAACUGGUGGUGAAUGGAAUCCCAAGUCAAAAGAAACUAUAUUGACCUCAUCGGAAGAUGGAUCAUUACGUCUCUGGGAUGUUUCAGACUUUAGCAGUCAAAAGCAGGUCAUCAAACCAAAGUUAAAAAGACCAAUGCGAAUUCCUGUUACUUCAUGUGCAUGGGAUCAUGAAGGCAAGCGGAUUGUUGCUGGCGUGGGGGAUGGUUCCAUUCAGCUCUGGACCAUAAAGACUGGAUGGGGAAGCAGACCAGAUAUUCAUGUUGAAAAAGCACAUACAGAAGAUAUCACUGGGGUUAAGUUUUCUACUGAUGGGCAGAUUCUUCUGUCAAGAAGUAUGGAUAGUACUCUAAAGAUAUGGGAUUUGAGGAAAAUGAAGACUCCUUUGAAAGUGUUCGACGAUCUGCCUAAUAACUAUGCGGAGACAAAUGCUUCAUUUAGUUCAGACGAGCAACUUAUUUUUACAGGAACCUCUGUUGAGAAAGAUGGCAGAAAUGGAGGCCUACUUUGCUUCUUUGAUAGAAGGAAACUAGAGCUUGUAUCAAGGGUGGGAAUUUCACCACAUUACAGUGUGAUAAGGUCACUCUGGCACCCAAGGAUUAAUCAGGUGUUCGCAACAGUUGGGGACAAGAAGGAAGGUGGGACUCAUAUCUUGUAUGAUCCUUCUGUUAGUCAGAGGGGAGCUCUUGUAUGUGUUGGACGAGCACCAAGGAAAAAAUCUGUUGAUGAUUAUGAGGUGCAACCUUUAAUACACAACCCACAUGCACUGCCUCUAUUCAGAGAUCAACCAAGCCGUAAACGCCAAAGAGAGAAGAUGAUGAAAGACCCCCUCAAAUCGCACAAACCAGAAGCUCCUGUUAGUGGUCCAGGGUUUGGUGGUAAAAUUGGCACAACAAAAGGCAGCUUGCUGACACAGUAUCUCAUGAAGGAAGGUGGUUUAAUUAAGGAGACCUGGAUGGAUGAAGAUCCAAGAGAGGCAAUUUUGAAAUAUGCUGAUGCUGCAAAGAAUGACCCAAAGUUUAUUGCACCAGCAUAUGCUCAAACUCAGCCGGAAACCGUCUUCGCAGAGUCUGAUUCCGACGGCGAAGAGAAAAAGUAACAUAUGGAUCGACUAUUAAGUUUCUUGCAUGAGUCCUGCAACAUGUACUUUUACUGAGGAGAAACUAUAGAAUGUGAAUUAGUAACCAUCGGGAAGAUAACCAGGGAAAAAUUGUCACACAGGAAAACUGUUACAAUAAGAUGGGUCCAUCAAGAUCCUUCUUCAAGUGAAUGAAGAUUAACAAACCAGAUUCAUGUUACAACAGGAUGAGGUUUUUGCUGUACCACCAGUUUACCAGCCAUUAUGCAUGCUCGGCCGCUUGAUCCAGUGUAUUGCCAUUAGCUCAUGAGAGAGCUGUACUGUUUUUUCCUUCCGUGUUGUUGUCUUUGUGAUGAUUGAUGUGACGUGUAGAGUAGACAAGGAAGGCUGAUUUGCAUUCUCAAAAUGUCAUUCUACCUGAUGCGCGUUCUACAGUGCGGUUUGUAUCCAGUUGCUUUUUCUA